AUGCGCUUCUCGACCGUCGCUCUGGCGCCUUUAUUGGCAGUCAGCACCGCCAGCUCUCUGCCAGCACUUACCAUUGAUACCGAUAUUCUCGCAGCAAAGGGAUUUCUCAACCUCGCAACCUACCAAAUUACUCAGCUUUUUGCUGGUGUUAAGCAAACCUGCACUUUGGCAAACACCGCUGUGAGAAGAGAAUGGGGAACUCUGUCUAAGGCUGAGCGCAAAUCAUACACAGAUGCCGUUCUGUGUCUGAUGUCCAAGCCAGCUCGCACUGACUCAAAGGUCGUCCCUGGAGCAAAGUCUCGUUACGAUGACUUCCUCUACACCCACAUCAAUCAAACUCUAUCAAUCCACGGCACUGCCAAUUUCCUGUCGUGGCACAGAUAUUUCACCUGGACAUAUGAGCAAGCUCUUCGCAAUGAGUGCGGUUACCAAGGUUACCAACCUUACUGGAACUGGGGCAAAUGGGCUAACGACCCUGCCAACUCACCAAUCUUCGAUGGAAGUGACUACAGUAUGAGCGGCAACGGUGUUUUCCAAGCCCACGAUUGCACCCAAGCGCUCCCAACUCAACUCAACUGCGUUCCACCAGGAGCCGGUGGCGGUUGCAUCAACUCCGGUCCUUUCAAGAAUUCUAAAGUCAACCUUGGCCCUGUCUCGCCAACCCUAUCGGGUGUCGGUCUCGUCCCAAACAACGGAACCGUUUACAACCCUCGCUGUAUCAGACGUGACGUCUCUUCAUGGGUAUCCACUCGUUACGCAUCGGAGAAGAACACUACCGACCUUAUCACCGGAUACACUACUAUCGACGAUUUCCAAACCACCAUGCAAGGUGACUUUGCCAAUGGAGAGUACGGUGUUCACACCGCAGGACACUUCAUCGCCGCAGGUGACCCAGGAGGAGACAUUUUCACAUCUCCAGGAGACCCAGUCUUCUGGCUUCACCACGGCCAAAUCGAUCGUGUUUGGUGGAUCUGGCAAAACCAGGACAUCAAGAACCGACAGAACGCAAUCGGUGGUACCAUCACUCUGAACAACUCUCCUCCAAGCAGAGAUGGUACGCUCGAUGAUAUUAUCAGUCUUGGUGUCAACGCACCAGAUAUCAAGAUCAGAGAUCUUAUGAGUACCACUGCUGGCCCAUUCUGCUACGUCUACAUUUGA